AUGCCCAGGUCAGACAGACUGACCCCAACAGUUCUCCCCGCAGCUUCCCAAUACCCUUUCCGUUACCUUUCUUUUGGCCGGCCAGGGUCGCCCAGCUCCCACCUACCAAAGGCGUCUCUUAAGAGACCCAUCCAUCAUUUGCCACUUGUAGCUGACGAAUGCCUUCUACCCCGGGGCCCCGGGAACUUUGGCCCGCGGGCUGACGUCAUCAAGGGAGGACGAAGCACAGGCUCAGGAAGGAGCCUGUUUCCAAUCCCCGCUACCUUGGAAUCAAACAUGCCCCCGAAAGCCCGCAUCACCACCAUGAGGCUCUCCCUUACUCCGUCCAAGAGCCUCCUCGAUCAUUUGGCUAAGGGCAUCCGAAAUAAAACCGGGGGAUCUCUCUGCCGUGUAGAUUUCCUGUCCAUCUCUUUUUGUCUGCGCAAAGAGCGCAGUGCGCUCCGCAAUCUCUACAAUGCGACGAACCCAGGCAGCCGACCGCUUCUUUAUUUGGGGAACCCCUAUCAGGACUAUGUCAUCCUCAAGAUACUCCCAGGAUGA